AUGGCGGAAUAUCCAAAACCUGGGAGCUACUGGGAUACCCCCAACCCAUAUUCAGGAUCUGAGCCGGAUAUUCGGAGUGGCGAUGGCAGUGGAAUCCUUCCUUGGGAUGACAAUGCGUUAGAUCCGGGUAAUUUUGGACCGAAUGCAUACCGAAUGGACGAUUGGACAGACGAGCGAUUCGAUUGGAAUACAGGGACAGUCUUUAUGUCCGGAGUCAGCGAUACCCAAAGCUCAACGGAGCAUACAGUCGAUCCAUCCUCAUGGCUGGCUACCCUGAACAACCCGCUGUCGAUUUCUACCAACUGUGUGAAUCCCGCCACUUCGACUGCUUCCGUAAGCCCUUCGGAAGGAGUAGGAAUUCUGCAAUGGAAACAAAUGGAUAGAGCCUCGCAAAAUAGGUUGAAGAGGUUAUAUACACAGCAGUAUGUCAAGGAAGGAGACGAAGAUGAUCUAAAGCUGCGUAGAGACAUUUGGCAAUCCCUGUGUGGAAAGAGUACAGAAGCUGUCAUGCUCAACAAGCAGGAAGUCUUCUCCAGAGUCUGUAACGCUGAGUCGCUGCGCGGGAAGAAGUGUGAUGCGAUCCUUGUGGUCUACAGUAUGGAUGCCGAGGUGGAAUGGUCAUGCUUCAAGUGCAAUAAUCGGGAAGCUAGCCGUAAAGUUCGGUGGAAGAAGCGGCAGAACAAGGCACAUAGUGAUAAAGAUACGGGAGGGCGGAGAGUGAUAGUAGACCAAACGAGAAAUAACGCAGAUAGUGAGGAUAGGACAGGGUGGGAAGUGAUAGGAUGGGAAACCAGAGAUACGAGUACAGACUCUAAACUAAACUAUAUUUAUAGCUCAACGUGUUGCGAAGCAUUAUUGGUGCGAUUUCAGCAUGAAAUUGAAAAGAGAUACUCCCAGAAGUUUCUGUCCCAAAAAGAACAAGCGCGAUCCCGCGUCCGUGUCUGA